AAUUACUUAUCGAUUGCUAGGCGAAUCAAAAUUGUCGUCACUAACCAACAAAUUUAUAGGUAUUCUUUGCACUGAAUUACAACCAUCUCGACAUGAUUAUUGUAAUACACUACAAUGAACGCUGGAUGCCACUCUAUACUGCAGGUUACACCUCGUCGGGGAAAGGGGGAUUUCCUUGCUUUUUUUCCUUGAUAGACGAAUGACAACACCACCACGGCCCUCUUCCUUCAUCGCAGCUGGUUACAAACGCUCUAGAAAAGUAGGUUGUAGCUAGAGAAUUCUUCCUUUAUGUGCCACUGGGAGCGACGGGAGGAUGGCAGAUGACAAGGACGUGCUGCGAGAUGUUUGGUUUGGUCGGAUUCCGACCUGCUUCACACUUUACCAGGAUGAGAUCACAGAGAGAGAGGCCGAACCCUUCUAUCUCCUCCUGCCAAGGAUGAGCUACUUGACUCUGGUCACAGACAAGGUGAAAAAGCACUUCCUGAAGGUCAUGAAGGCCGAGGACAUAGAGGAGAUGUGGUUUGAUUUCGAGGGAACCUCACUCAAAUGGCACUAUCCAAUCGGAUUACUGUUUGACCUGCAUGCCUCCAACACUGCCCUGCCCUGGAGCAUCACUGUGCACUUUAAGAAUUUCCCAGAGCGUGACCUGCUCCACUGCCCCUCUAACUCUGUGAUUGAGGCCCACUUCAUGUCCAGCAUCAAGGAGGCGGAUGCCCUCAAACACAAGAGCCAGGUCAUCAACGACAUGCAGAAGAAAGACCACAAGCAGCUGUGGAUGGGCCUGCAGAACGAUAAGUUUGACCAGUUCUGGGCCAUGAACCGUAAGCUGAUGGAAUACCCCACAGAGGAGGGAGGCUUUCGCUACAUCCCCUUCAGGAUAUACCUGACGAUGAGUGACAGACCGUUCAUCCAGAAGUUGUUUCGCCCCAUCUCGCCCGACGGCCACACACACACGCUUGGGGACCUGCUGAAGGAGGUGUACCCCGUGGCUAUACCCAACGAUGACGAGUCCAAGCAUUACCAGGUGGUGAUCCAUGGGAUUGAGCCCCUGCUGGAGACCCCGUUGCAGUGGCUGAGCGAGCACCUCAGUCACCCUGAUAACUUCCUCCACAUCAGCGUCAUACCCGCGCCUAGCGACUGACACCUCUGGCAAAGUUUGGUAACACCCGGCAACUGGGAAAGUUGCAAAACUCCGAACGGACUCUUCACAGAGCAGGAAAACCCACGUGACUGGGGGCGAGGAGUGACGCAAUCGCAGUGUGACGUCAUCUCAUUCAACUUGUCCCAAAAAGGAGCCCACCAGGAGAAAAUUUACCAUCUUCUGUUUUCCAUCUCUUUUCCUCUCCUCCUUCGCACUCUGUCUCUUUUGGACCUUUACCUGUUUGGGGAAAGUUGUUCCGCCCAAAAUGUGGAAGGCCAAACUGAAAGAGUGCUCAUCUGUUUAAAAAGAGAGGCAGGGAGAUUCCGCUUACCUCUUCCUCCUCCUAGGGAAAGAGAGAGGGCCCAGACAUGCCUAGUGGGACCCUCUACAAACAGAAUUUGCCUUAGUUUUCCCGAGUCACAUCAUGAGCUACACUGCUGGACGUUCAUAAAGUCACACUGAGUUUACACACUUGUACUGUAUGCCACUGAGGAGUGAAAGGGGAUUUUUAAAGACGCUUCACUUCUUCAUUCUUUGUCUCUCGCUCUCUGUCUGUCUGUAUAUUCUCUAUCUUCCUCUCUCACUGUAUUUCCUGUUUCUUUCUUCUCUCUCUUCCUCCCUCCCCCUCUUUCUCUCUCAUUUACUGCCGACGCUCUCUCAUCUCCAUAGCUAAUUAUCUUAUUGGAAUUCCUCCUGCUACUAAUGAGACCGCUAAACUUCUGUCUCCAUGCCAAGCCUUGGGGUUGUGUGAGUGUGUGUUGUAAUUGGAGACAUCAUUUAAAGUCUCCUAGAGGGGACAUGGAGGGGGUGAGGAAGGUGUGAAGAGUCCGAAUGGAAUCCUGUCUGUCUUCUCUCUUGCGUGUCUCGUGUCAAAGGGAGAUGGGGCCAGACAUGUAAUUUGGAGUGUGUUGUUAGUCGAAGGGGAGGGAAACUUGUGAUGUCACACCUGUCUAAGCACGUCAGGCUUCCUCAUUCGCCGCCUAGGAGGAUGGGAUAGGGGAGUUUACAGCUCUGAGUCAGGGCUGGGCUCGACGUGGGGUACUGUAUGAGGGGUAGGCAUGUGCAUACGUGUGUGUAUGUACAUGUGUGUAUGGGUACUUUUUGCACAUUUUGUUGUUACAAAGUGGGAUUCGGAUGGAUUUCAUUAUCAUUGUUGGUCAAUGAUCUACACAAAACACUCUUAUGUGGAAGAAAAAUUGUAACAUUAACAAAAUACAAAAAAAUGUAACACUACGUAUUCACCCUUGAGACUACAUGUUAGAAAAACCUUUGGCAGUGAUUACAGCUGUGAGUAUUUUUGGCUAAGUCUAUAAGCGCUUUGCACACCUGGAUUAUACAAUAUUUGCCCAUUAAAAAGUCUUCAAGCUCUGUC